CUGCUGAACCUCGGGAAGAAGUGCCGGGCUCGGGAACUGCAAUUCCCAGAGUCCUCCCGCAGCCCGGCCCGCCGUGACAUCAGCGCUCCGCGGCCGGGCCGGCGGGAUGUGAGCUGGGCUCCGUCCCUUCCCGCACCGCGAUCCGCACCCCGGGACCACCGAGGGGCCGCAGGUGGUUCUUUGAUUCCAGUGCCUGGCAGAGCCCAGAUUUCUCCAAGUAUCUCGUGGUGCUGAGCAGCAGAGUCUCCUAGAAGGAGACUUUAAGAGUCUUUCUCAAAGUGAAUAGGAAACUUGGGAAUGCUUGCUGUCAUCUCCCCCCUGAGAAGUGUAGCAACUUCACAACCAGGAGAAGUCAGUCCUUGGGAGCCUUGAUUCCUGCCUGCACACAAUGCUGCGGGCUCCAGAGGAGAGACCCUGGGUACUGAUGACAAGGACAUGCUCCAAGUGCCACCCCUGGGCACUGCCAGCCACAGGUGAAUAGCAGGAAGCAAACCAUGGACACUCAGUUGUUCUCCCCAUUACUGGGAGCAGUCCCCAGUCCCCCCACGCCCCCCGAGCCCUCCCAGCUGUGCAGGGACUGGCCAGGAUGUGCUGAGGAUUUUGGAGCCCAAACUGCCUUCCAGGAGUGCCCAAAACAAAGGGCACCAAUAAAUCUUUCUUACACUGGCAGUGGCCCUGAUGUGUUUGGGUUGGUGUCGAGCAUUUUAGAGGAGCCAAACAAGCCAGAGCCAGCUACAGAUUGGAAUUCUCCAGCAAGAUUCUUUCCCCCUGUGUGGGCACCUGAUCUGGGCAGCACCGGGGAGUUCCCAGGGCUGCCAGCUCAGCACUGUGUCCAAAACAAGGAUUUUCCCAACCUGCUGGGCUCCAGCUGCCAUCAGAAGCCCCUGCAGGAGCCUCCUGAGGUGGAGAUGCUGCACAGAGGGUUGGGAGACCUGCAGCUCCUCGAGUCUUGGCUCUCUCCCCGUGCUCACCCCAGCAAUGCCCCGAGGAACCCCGAAAAUUCCCCUUUGCAAGCCACAGCUCCCCAGGAAGGGUUUUCCUUCCCAAAUGGGGGCUGGAACCAGCAUUCGUGCUCUUACUACCACGGGAGGUUAAAUGGAGGCUACGAAAAAAAUGGGUCCAAUUUUAGGCCUUUUUCUCCUCAGAGCGGGUUGGAAGAGAGCCCCAGCGUUGAGAAGGGGUUUUGGAGAAGAGGAAAAGCUGUGAAAAAUUAUGCUCAAGGGCAAACUCAGUAUUCCCCUGAUCUUUCCAAUCAGCCUGGUGAUAACUCUUGGGAUAAAGUACACCAGGACAGCCACGUGUCCUCUAAGAGAUAUGUGGACUUCCCAGCUGCCCACAAACUGCAGUCACCUGUCCAUCCAUCCCUUCAUUUUUUCAAUCCACCCCCUAAGGAAAAUACUUUUUCUGGAGGAGCAGGCAGAAAACCCCAGGAAAGCCAUGUGCAAAAUGGCCAUUGUGGCUUUACUUUAGGAGAUGCUUUUAAUAAUAAUAAUAAUAAUGAGUGUGAAGUGAAUAUGGCACCUAAGGGAAGCUCUCCUCAAGCAGCUGAAUGUGAUUUAUCUGUGCAAAAUGGGAAUUACUCCUCAUACCAGGGGUGUGCAUGGCUGGAUGGGAACAGUCUGGCAGCUGCAUCUGAAAUUCCAGGUGGAAAACAAAUGGCAACAAGCCCCCAGUCCUCAUCAGGGGUUUCCAGCAUGUCUGGGGGCUCUCCCACCCACCAGCCUUUCACGCUGCCCUCCUACUACUCCCAGCUCCUUCCUGCCCUCCCUGCCAGGAAAGAUGAGAGGCCACAAACAUCAAAUGAAGUUUCCAGUCACUUGGGGGUUCCUCAUUUCAUCUCAGAGAGCCAGAAGCAGAUGAGAAGAUCCCAGGAGGAUGCUGGAGUGAUCAAGGAGGAGCGGUGCCACAAAAUCCCUGUUCGUUUUUCACCCGACUGGCUCGUGCAGCAGAAAGCUGCAGGGGAAGACCCUGCUGAGAAAUGCCAGAGGUUCCCCAAAAGGCAGAGCCAGGAGAGUGGCAGUAAAGACGACAGAAGAGGUGGAAGGAAUUGGAGCCCUCAUUUGGGAUCUAGGGCCCCGAGCCGCCAGCCCUUGGGCGUGUUCCCGACACAGCACGAGCAGAACGGUGGCAGCUCCUCAGAUCUCAUCACUCCUUCUCCGCUCCCUUCUUUCCCCUUCGUGCCUGAUUUUAAGCAAAAUCCCAGCUUCCCUCCAUUCAAUCACCAUCUGUUUUCAUCAGCACAUCCUUUCAAUUUCCCUCCGCCGCCGUUUCCGCGCCCAGACCUUGUUGAUCGUUUUCACUGCGACGACUUCAAGCCCUUGGGUCCCUUUGUGAGUGAUCUCUUCCCUGGAGAAAUCCCUGCGUCCUGCUUUGCCUUUCCAGCCCCAUUUAACAAGUGCAGAGCCCCCAGGAGCCGCAGUGGCCCCGCCAGCGAGCUCAGCGUCCGGCUGGAGGAGUGCUGCGAGCAGUGGGGAGCUUUGGAGAAGGAGAGGAAGAAGGCUGAGGCCGACCUCGCGAGGCACUUCCCAGGGCAGCACAUCUCCAGCCCCGUGUCGCGGCUCCCCGCGCGCCCGGCCUGUGUGGAUCGCCUGAUCGCCGACCAGCGCCGCGAGCGCGCCCGGGUGCUCGCACUGAUAGGAAGAAUGGAGAGGCUUUGUGGUGCUCCCCUGCACAGGAACAUCUCCAGGGCCUUGGAGCUCCACCUGGAAGCCAUCCAGGUGACCCAGGCACGGCGGAACGAUGCGAUUGGGAAUGCUGCCAACCCCCAGAGCCAUGGGGGGCCACGCUACAACAACAAAAAAGGUGUGCUGGCCCUGGCAGCUGCCCUGCGAGCCCUGGCUGGUGCCACGCGCCGCGCUCGCACCGCGCUCUGGUGCGCGCUGCAGCUGGCGCUGCCAAAAUCCCCUCCUGCUGCACCCGAAAAUCAGCACCUUCUCCUGCAGGAGCUUUGUUCCUCAAGCACAAGCAGCCAGGGGAAAAGCAACGUGGAGCAGGAAAGCAGAGGAAGUGGAAAAGCUGAGGAAACGAGGAAGAUUUUGGAAUAAUCGCCGAUAAUAAACGGAAAGCCGAGGAUGGGGAGGGAAGGGCUCAGGUCCUGCCCAGCGCUGCGAGGGUGGAUUUCAUAGGUGUCAGGAAGAGGUUAAUUAAAAAAAAAGGAUUAAUUAAGGUGCCUGGUCAGUGCUGCAGUUGUGGCACUGUGAUUCUGGUGUGGUGAGACACGGCUUGUGGUGGUGUUGCUGCAGUUUCAGCAUUGCUGCUGAGGAUUUUAAUGUUCAGAGGAGCUGAACGAGAGCUGAGCUUCCCUCCUGUGCUUACCCAAAGCUCUGAGUCCACCAGGACCUGAGCAACCAGAGUCUGCUAGAACUUAAUUCUCUUUUUUUUUUGGUUAAUGAGACCAUUUAGGAUAUUUGAGGGUACUCAAUAGUCCUUCAGGGUUUGUUUUAUUUUUAUUUUUUGCACCAUGUGUAGUUCUUCUCAGAGCCAAAGUGAUCACUGAGUAGUUUGCCCCCAUCACUGUGUCAGGAGCAAUCCAUGCUGCUGUGGUGGUGUUUUUUGGGACAGGUUGUCUCUGUUUGACCAGAAUAAUCAGUGUUCAGUGCUGAUUUUGAGAGAGUUUUGUGCUCCCAGUUCAGUUUCCAGCAAAGCCAGUGUGAGCUGAGCUUUUCCAUAGAAUUGUCCACUUUGGUUUUUCCACUAAAAAAGUGGAUUUUUGUAGCUUUGCAGUGUGACCUGCGUGGAAAUGCACGUUAGCAGGUGACAGAAAACUUUCUCAGGAUUAGAAAUUAGAUGUAUUGAUUCUUCAGUGGGUUUAAAACCAGUAACAAUAUAACAUAGUAUGCACUUAAUUAUAAAAAACUAUUAUUUGUUAUUAAUAUAUGUUCAUGGUACUAUAAUGUUUUUCAGACACAUUCCAUAUUUAUUUUAAUGUCUUCAUUGAAUGUUCAUUGAAAAAUCUAUUUUAGUAAUAUGAAGUUAAAUAUUUUGCCAAAUUUUCCGAAUAUUCGUAUUUAAUGAUUUACUCAGGAACUCUGUAUAUUAUUAUAUAAAUAUACACGUGGUAUAUAGGGAUUUUUUGGGAAAGGGAUGUUUGCAAAAUAUUUACACAAAGCUAAUUAUUUACUAGGUUACCAAAGCUCUUUCACUGGUUAUUUUUUUGGUGUGGAAGGUUUAAUAUAUUUAAUUGCUUUUAAUUAAUCUCCAUUGUGUGGCUUAGACAAUCAGAGUGUGGUCGUUCAGGGUGAAAACUAGUAAAGAAUAAUUAAUUCAAGGUGUGAUCUUAGGGCAUUUAGGAAUAUUUGAAUGCUUUAACAACUGUCUUACUGUUACACAAUCUCCUAACAUGUACUAAUAAUUAAGGUUCUUGAGUAUCAGGAUAUUAAUGAUCAGCUUUGGAGAGCAGUUCUUGGGUUAGAAGUGAAUUAAGUUGGGGAUUUAAGCAAAACUGGAAGGACAAAAGUGAGGAUUUUUAUGUUGUGUGGUGUUUAGUGUCAAACUUGACAUUUUUGUGGGUACUUAUAGAGCUGUUCACAUAUAUAUCUGUACUUGCAAAAUUGUUCCAAAUGCAGUUGUGUAGUUGUGGAUCCGUGGAUGUUUCUAGAGCAGAUUUUGUCUCAGUUGUGCCAUCCUUAACUCCAUUGAGACGUGGGAAUUUGUAGCUGAAGUUUACCCAGGCCUCACUGUAAUCCACUGAGUAAAAUUUAAAAGCAAAUGUAGAUAGAAAACAGAUAAUUACUAUAGCAAAAUUAUGUUUUUUUCCCCCUAAAGAAAGUGAAUUCCACUUAAAAAUUAUUAAUUCACAUAAAAUUCCAAAAUUAUUAAUUACACAUAAAAUUCCACAUAAAAGAUUAUUUUAAACCUUAGCCUAAAAAACAGGCACCAGAGUUAUUUUAGUGUGUUUUCUCUCUGUGUAUGUGGAAUUUAUUUGCACAAACUAAUUCCAGAAGGUUCAAUCUGCAUUUGUGAAACUGAUAGUGCUCUACAGCUUAAAAGUGGAGUUUGCAGGAUUUCAGCUUGUGGGUGAUUGGGGGUUUAAUUAGCCAAAUUAAAAUUAAUUUAGCAUUGCUGUGCUGACAGAAAAUCAGGAUUUGAGAGUCUGGAUCUUGGGUUUUUUUCUGUUUACACAGCCAGGGUUGUUUUGUAGUGAAUAUUUAGGGUUUGAUUGGUUCAUAUUGUACUGCUCUGUGUUAAUGAUCCUAAUUAGUUCAUCAUUAACGUGCCUUUAACAAUCUCAUUUCUCCAGAGUGUUAAGAAGCUGUGUGGUCACUUCUGGUUCCAAAUCCAGUUUAGAAAUAUGUUUUAAAGGGUUACACGUGACUGCAAUCAGCACACAGUUGUUAAUUAUGUUAAUUGCACUCAGAGCUGAUGAGGUUUGGGUUCCUUGAGGAGCUCUGUGCCUCUGGGAUGUCCCCCUGGAUCAUUUGCCAGGGUCAGGUCCUGCAAAUGCUGCUCCUGUUUCACUUGGCCUCGCUCAGUUUGCUUCACAAAACCUCCAGGUCUUCAAGCAAAAAUAAGUUUUUAUUGACAAAAAUAAGUUUUAAUCAUUUUUUUAGUGCCCUUUUCUUUAAAGGAGUUUGUUAUGCACAGCGUCACACCUAGAAUGAGUUGUGUCUUCAAUUCCUAAUUUCAGAAUGCCCCACUUCUGUUAUUUUAUUACAAAACCUUUUGCAUUUUAAAGGGAAAAACCUUCACUUUAUUUUGUAAAACAACACCUGGAGUUGCAGCAGCUCUGUCAGAACAUAAUUUUCACUGCCUCGUGUUCACUUUGGCAGCAAGGUACAAAUUCUGCAAGUCUUGCACUGAAUUUUUGGUGUGAAUAAGCACAAGUGUAAUGCUUGUGGCUUUAGGGACUAAUUGUAUUCACAUUUUACUGACUUCAGGGAAAGCAGAAUUGAGGUUUUGGGUCACACUUAAGCCAAAGAGGUGGUUUUGGUUUGGAAUUAGAGAGAAAAAAAAAAUUCCCCCUUCCCUCCCUGUUUUGAGAAGCUAUCAGGUAAAAAAUUCAGUUUAUUCCCUUUUCUUCCACCUCCACCCCUCCACUCAGCUUUCUUGAGAUUUAAUUGUUUGGGGUUUUUUUCCCUGUUUUGAUUUUUACUUUUUGAAUUUUUGGGGUGGGCUGCAGAAGGUGGCAGAGUUGUGAGCAGUCCUGGUGGCAGGGACACUGGAUUGCUCCACUUUAAAUAAAUGGAAUACUCAGUUGUCCCUUUUUGAAUCAGGAUUAUUAUCAGGGUGCUUUUUGAUAAUUGGUAGUGAAAGUUUAAUGCUUUUAAAUC